AUGGACCGAGCAAUGGUUCUUCAUGUCCGCGAUCACAGCUACCAACCAAUUGUCACUCGCACCCUCAGCUCGGUGGAUACUUUCCCAACGAUACAACCCAUUGUCUCCUUCAUGGGACCUGUCAUCGGCUCCGGCCGCGACCUCCUGCAUGGAAACUCGGCUGCGGCCCUUGACGACACCCAGCUGAGCUGCUGCGGCUUUGUCCAGCUCUCCACCUUUAUUUGUCCUGGGAUUCCCGGCAAAACCCCUUCAAGGGCUUUCACCCUUCCAAGUUUUCGUCAUCUUCCCAUUCACGCUAAUCCUUGGACCUCCCUAUGCAAGAAGAUGACCGAGAGGCGCGACAGCCAGUUCCAGUCGAACGCUCUCUUCACCUGUACGGGCAAAAUCGCCGGCUUACUGGAUCACCAGAUCAUGAAACAUGCCCCGGCUUUCGACCAAGACUAUAUCUUCAUCGUCGUCCCCGACACGUGGACUUUCCACGACAAGGCCAUGUCCGACCAGGCUUCUGCAACACAACUACUGCCGACGACACCCAAGAGCGCGUCGAUCCUUAUGCUGGCAUCAAGUCGGUCAAUGCCCGAUCCCUACCAAACCCCAACCAAGAGACCGCGACUUUCUCCCGAAACUUCCACCAUAAUCACCGACUGUGACGGUCAAGACUCCCCCAAAUCCGAUACCUCCUCCUUUCUGUCCCCGGAAGACCCCGCAGAGUCAGAGACGGACACCGAACAGGUCAAUCACCAAGACACAUCCGCCUCUGGCUCUAUCAGACCUCCCGCGUCGAUAUCUUCCCGACCACUGCGCGCCCGACGUCCGCCCAAGAAUAUUCUCUAA